UACACUUUGUCCCCGCAUCUUAAACGAUUUGAGGUUAUUUUAUUAUAUUUAAUCUUUUCUGCACGUCGCUGUUAACGUGUUCGUGUUGUGUAUUUCCAUAAUUUCAUUUUCUGUGGCUGCAUUUUCGUUCUACAACUCUGAAGUCUGACAUCAAGAAGCUGCUAGCAUGUCGAAUACUUUGAAAAAGUUUCAUACUAAAAAACAAAAAUGGGUAGUCGUCAUAUUUUCUCCAAAAAAAGACUAUAGUGUAGUCCCAAUAAACUGGCUUGUUGAAACAGAAACACAAAAAUUGUCUACCAGUACAAUACAAUUUUGUUACUGGCCAUCAAUAAGGGUAACUAGUACAGAUUUACAAGAGGCUGUAAGUCCAGAUCCGUCCUGGAAUCAAUAUAAAAUCCGUGUAGUUGGUGGCAACAAAACUUACAGUAAUUUAAGUAAAGCUUGGCAUGAGCGAAUUGAAAUAGAAUCAACUGACAAAGAGAGCAUUGUAAAUGAUAAUCAUCUGUUUAAAAGAAAUAAAAAAAAGAAAAUUGUUGAUUCUAGUGAUAGUAGUGAAAAUGAAGGUAAAUAUUUAUUAGCUCUGUCAAAUUAUUAAUAUUAAUUGUUUAUUUGAUUUACUUUGUUUUAAGAUUCAAGUUAUACUAUUGUACCUUGUAAUAUACAAAAUGAAUUGCUGUUUAAUACUACAAGAACUCAACAAAAUUCAAUACAUACCGAUGCAAUUCAAACAGUAAAUACUAACACACAACAACAACCGUCUACAUCGACUUAUACACAUGACAAUAAUUUUUCAUCAAUUGAAUUUAAUAAACCGGGUUCCAUUAUUAGUCAAGUUGAUUGUUAUACAAAUGUUCUAUCAAGUUCUUCUUUUUCGGCAGUACCAGCAUUUUCUGAUAACCAAAAAAAAUCUUAUACAGAUCUGGAAGUUAAAUCAUUAACUUCACCAAAUUCAACAAUGAUACAACACUCAAGUAUGAUAGAACCGUUGACAUAUGACUCAUCAUAUAUAGAACCACAGGAUAAUUAUUUAGAAAUUCAAAAUGAACCAUUAACAUUUUCCCAAGAUUCUCCUGAAGGUAAUAUACAAUUUUUUAAUU